CUGACAACCUACCAGACCUGUAGGUGUACACAUAAGUACAUUUAUAGUAACCGGGUUGGAUAAAUCCAUGCCAAUGUCACAGCACUGUCUAAAAACUAAACUGUACAUCCUUGCUUGAGAAAAAUGACAAUUGCGAUUUCAUUGUGAAAGGAACUAAAGCGUAAAACGAACAUUUUGAAAAUGUCGAGAAACAAAGAUGAAAUGUUGAUUUGUCCAUUCGAUGCGAGUCAUACCAUCCGUCGAAUUCGCAUAGCCACACACUUGGAGCGCUGCGAAAGGAAUCAUCCUGGCUCUAAGAUGGUUCGCUGUCCUUUCAAUAGCACUCACUUAAUGGAGGCCGAUGAAAUGAAGAAACAUUGCGAAAACUGUCCAGACAGAUUGAUGUAUGAAGAUUUUUUAAGCCCGGACAAAAAGCCGAAAGUCGCACUUUGUCAUCAGGUCUCCGGAAAAAUCCUCUGCCCACACGACGAAGCUAAGGCUAAUGGCGAGAUACGUCAAAAUCGCUCGGCGUCUACUCCAAAUGUCGACAUUGAUCAAGAGAAUAAAGGAGAAGUCGGGUACACUGAGAAUUGGGACGACGAGCCGGAUGUUCCCACCCAUGAUGCAAUUAUACAAGGUGGUCUCGUCGGCAAAAGUCAGUCCCUUAACGUACGCUAGCAAUAAGUGC